AUGUUACUUCCAUAUGUCCUGGAUGUAAUAGCCACACUUAAAGAAGUACAUGAUCUUACAGAAGCAGUGUUUAAUUAUGAUGUAGCCAGGCUGCUCUCUAUAGCUACAAAUCUAGAUAAUCUUAACAGGCAACAAGUAAAUGCUUAUAGAAGGUUCAGCAAGUAUGUCUCUAUUUCUCAAGAAACCCCUUCUGAAAUAGGAGUACAAAAGAUUGUUGAAAAUGUGUAG